ACGCUUCUACUUUGCGAACAACCCACCUUCGUGAAAGAUCAAACUGACCAGGUCAUCCUCGCCGCCAACAGACUUAAAAAUGCAGUGAGUUUCAUCCUUUUUGCUUCUUCUAUCUUUAUCCCUUUUUUGCCUGUUGCUGACCAUGUUCACAAACAGGUGAGCAUCUUCCAUUACUCCCGAGUUUUCGCAAAUACCAAUUCCAGUUGUUGGCCUCUAUCUUCCUCCAAACGUCAACAAAACAGUGCGGGCACGAUUCUUGUCAAGACGCCUGAUGAAAUAAACUCAGGUGGACUCUAG